AUGUGUUUAGUUUGCUUUAUUUUGUAUGCCGAUCAGAGUUACUCUGUGAGAUAGACAGUGAUAUAUAUGUGAUGAAUUAAUAAAAAUAAUACAUAAUAAAUCAUUGCACAUCAGAAGCCCAGCCCACUUUGUUUUUUGAAAUCGAAGAGCCAAGUUCCUACUUUUAAUACCGUACGACUGCCCGAAUUAAUCCUAGUUCUUUUUCGACAUGCUGCUUUUUUAAAUAUUUUGCAUUGCAAAGCCCCUGACUCUUGUCUAUUUGAUAUGCUGACCAGGGAUCAUAGGAAGUGCAUUCCGUCUCACGCAGCCUCUGGCUUGCUGGCAGCCAUGCCAUUCGUUUGACGGAGCCACAGAAACAGAAGAUAACAAUAAAUGUCAGCUAGGAAAUCCGCAGGAAAAAAAGCCAACCCAAAACAACAACAACAACCCCUGCGUGAGCCUGCAUGUAAAGGCGAGAGGGAGUUGACUGACAGCUCAAACAGUCUGUUAAGGAAGAAAGGAAAUAUGAUGGAGCGAGACAGUCCCGAAAGCGGCCAGACCGUCAUCUGGGUAGAAUCCAAAACAACCAAUGAACGCCGAGGGAAGAACUCCGGCGCGAGACAAAGGGGAAGGUCCAGCCUACCACGCGCGUUGUUUACUACAGGAGAAAGCUCCUAGGCAACCGAAGAACUAACGUCCCCAUGGCAACCAGCGGCGCUAGCUUUGCAACAGAAAGAGCGGCGGACUAGGCCGUAUCUUCCUAGAUUCUAACAAUUACGGAGGGAACCGGCAAUCGGCUCAGUCUGCAUCUUUCUGCCAAGACUCUGGGAUGCUCAUAAGCCAUGGGAGUAGCCUUGACUAGAGCAGCUCAGUGGACCGCGGCUGGAUCUGGAACGGGCACCUUAGAAAUUACCCCUCUGAACGAAUCUCUUUUGAAUGAAAUUAUCAAGUUCACAGAAACGUUUAGUAGCAAGCAUCCCCAGGAAGCAGCUUUUGUCUUUAAAGAACCACUUGAAUGGCAAACAAAACUAGAACCAUCUGCAUUUCAGGCAGGCUAUGAAGUCAGUGAAAAAACUGUUCAGUCUCAAGAAAAAGACAAAAAUGGACAGCCACUUCUCCUCCUUAAAGGAUCAACUAUUAGCGUUCGCACUUUUGGGCAGCUGUCUCAUUUACUUUCUAUUGCUGGGAAAAAAAGACUAAAAGAAGCACAGGCAUGUCUUGAAGCCAAUAGAGAUCCUAUUGUGAAAAUUCUCGGCCCUGGAUAUGGAACAAUUGAAGGAGAGGAUUUGUCCAUGCUUCGUUUACUAGACAAAAUUAAAAAGGAUGAUGCAUCAGACAAUGAAAUGAAAAUGAAAAUUUCCCUACUACUUCAGCAAUUAGAUAUGCAGUUGCUCAACAGCUCGCUGAAACAGAUAUCACAAGAAGUGAGAUUAACACCAACUGCUGUGAAAAAUGAAGUAGAAUUGCUUAAGCAUUUCUCUGGGCCAAUGGAAGAUGCAGUCCUUGAAUCACUAGACUAUAUAUCAGACUAUGAAUUCUUAAAUGGAUGUCGUGCCCCACCUUGGAGACAAGUACAUGGGGAAAUUUGUUAUUUGUCAAUUAAACCACGUGACACAGAUGUUAUGUUUGUUACUUGUAGCACAGCAGGAAUAUUCUUAAAUGGAGGAAGGAGCAAUGAGAGAGAUGAAAUUGAUUAUGAGAGAAAGAGUGACAUAUAUAAAGAUCUUGUCACAUUUUUAAGAGAACGAUCAGCAGCAUUUGUAGAGAAUAUGGUUAAACAGAAAUAUACAUUUUUUGAUGAACCAAAGUAUGAAAAACAUUUUCAACAUAUGGAAGCAAUUGAGGUAGAUGAAUAUGGACAACCCCCAAAAUUUUACGACUAUGCGGAAAAGAAUGUAUUUGAAAAGCCUAAGAAUCCUCUUGUAAAAAGUAAACCUCCUGACAGCAAGAAAUUAGAACCAUCUCUUAAGUGGAAGGCUACAACAGGCACUCGAGAAGGCAAAGCAGCAAGAAAAUCUGAUGAAAAAGAAAUCAAGCAUGCCACUCCAGAAAGCAAGAAAAGAUCCACUGGAACACCAACUGUUUCUCUUAAAAGUAAACUUCCACCAAAAAGUGAAGAUAUAAGUGAAAGUUCUUCUGAGAGUGAAGAAGAGGAUGAACAGCCUGAACGCCAUCAGGAAAUUAACACUGAUUUGCCAUCAGAAUAUUGGCAGAUUCAAAAAUUAGUGAAAUAUAUAAAGGCAGGUAACCAGACGGCUACUGUAAUUGCAUUGUGUUCAAUGAGAGAUUUCAACUUGUCUCAAGAAACGUGCCAGUUGGCAAUUAGAGAUGUUGGAGGUCUCGAAGUGCUGAUUAAUUUACUUGAUACUGAAGAAAUCAAAUGUAAGAUUGGUUCAUUAAAAAUCCUGAAGGAAAUUAGUCAAAAUGCUCAGAUAAGACGUACAAUUGCUGAUCUUGGAGGAUUGCAGAUCAUGGUUAAUAUACUUGAUUCUCUAGAUCAAGAUCUGAAGUGUUUGGCUGCUGAAACAAUAGCUAAUGUAGCUAGGUUCAAACGAGCCCGAAGAACAGUCCGUCAGCAUGGUGGAAUCAAGAGACUGGUUGGGCUGUUAGACUGCUCUGCAAGUCUCAAUCAGCUUCAGGGAAAGGAAAUUGAAGUAGCACGCUGUGGUGCUUUGGCACUAUGGAGCUGCAGCAAGAGUGCUAGGAAUAAAGAAGCAAUCCGUAAAGCUGGAGGCAUUCCCCUGUUGGCUCAGUUACUGAAGUCUCCUCAUUCAAAUAUGUUAAUACCUGUAGUAGGAACUUUGCAAGAGUGUGCCUCUGAGCCCAGCUACAGACUAGCAAUCAAACAGGAGAAAAUGAUUGAAAAUCUUGUGAAAAAUCUGAACAGUGACAAGGAACAGUUGCAAAUGCAUUGUGCCAGUGCAAUCUUUAAGUGUGCUGAAGAUCAAGAGACUCGUGACCUUGUUAGGCAACAUGGAGGCCUGAAACCUCUUGCUACUUUAGUUGCUAAUUCUGGAAAUAAAGAACUUCUGGCAGCAGUGACAGGAGCAAUCUGGAAAUGUGCAAUCAGCAAAGAAAAUGUGACAAAAUUUCGGGAAUACAAAGCCAUAGAAGCUUUGGUUGGCUUGCUAACAGAUCAACCAGAAGAAGUUCUUGUAAAUGUGGUAGGUGCCCUUGGUGAAUGUUGUCAGGAACAAGCUAAUCGGACCAUUAUCCGUAGAUGUGGUGGAAUCCCAUCUCUGGUUGCCUUACUCACUGGAACCAAUCAAGCUCUUCUUGUGAAUGUGACUAAAGCCGUGGGGUCUUGCGCAACUGAACCAGAAAAUAUGGCGAUAAUUGAUCGCUUGGAUGGCGUUCGUUUAUUAUGGUCAUUGUUGAAAAAUCCUCACCCAGGCGUUCAGGCCAGUGCAGCCUGGGCUAUCUGUCCUUGUAUUGAAAAUGCAAAGGAUGCUGGUGAAAUGGUUCGUUCGUUUGUUGGUGGUUUGGAACUAAUUGUUAAUCUUUUAAAAUCUGAAAAUAAAGAAGUUUUGGCAAGUGUGUGUGCUGCAAUCACCAACAUAGCAAAAGAUGAAGAGAAUUUAGCUGUUAUAACAGAUCAUGGUGUUGUUCCUUUAUUAUCCAAAUUAGCAAAUACAAACAAUGACAAAUUAAGACGGCAUUUAGCUGAUGCCAUUUCUCGCUGCUGCAUGUGGGGAAGUAACAGGAUUGGUUUUGGAGAUACCAAAGCUGUUGCGCCCUUGGUACGUUAUCUGAAAUCAAGUGAUCCAGAAGUUCACCGAGCUACUGCACAAGCAUUAUAUCAACUGUCAGAGGAUCCCAACAAUUGCAUUACCAUGCAUGAAAAUGGAGUGGUGAAGCUUCUGCUGGGUAUGGCAGGCUCUACGGAUGAAACUCUUCAGGAAGCAGCAGCUGGUUGCAUAGCAAACAUCCGAAGGCUGGCUCUGGCUACAGAGAAAGCUAAUGCGCGCUUGCCCCCGCUGACCGGAGCUGCCUGCCCGCACCCAGCCGGCCUGCUCUCGCCUGAAGGACGUUGCCAUCCGCCAGCCAUGAACACCAUCGUCUUCAACAAGCUGAGUGGCCAAAUGCUCUUCGAAGAAAGUGCUAAGGAGCACGAGAGAAACAACAGCCUGCCUUAUGGGCCGGUCUUGGAGGUCACCCCUCGCCCAGAGGUCCUCCUGCCCGACCGUCCUCCUAAUAAAGACAACCUCACCGUUCGCCAUAAGAAGGCCGGUGCCCGGCAGAACAGUGGAAAGGUGAGACACAAACGCCAGGCUCUGCAGGAUAUGGCACGACCACUGAAGCAGUGGUUGUAUAAGCACAGAGAUAAUCCCUACCCAACUAAGACAGAGAAGAUCUUGCUGGCUCUUGGCUCUCAGAUGACUCUGGUCCAGGUGUCUAAUUGGUUUGCCAAUGCAAGGCGGCGUCUUAAAAAUACUGUCCGCCAACCGGAUCUCAGCUGGGCUUUACGAAUAAAACUUUACAAUAAGUAUGUUCAAGGAAAUGCUGAGCGGCUUAGCGUAAGCAGUGAUGAUUCAUGUUCUGAAGAUGUCGAAAACCCUCCCCGAAAUGAAGGAGAAUACAACACCCAGGUUCAACAUGCUGUGAUUAAAACAGAAAGUCCUGUCAUAAAAUCUGGAGUAAAACCAGAAGGAAGUGCCAGUGAAGAUUAUGUAGCCCCUCCUAAAUACAAAAGCAGCUUAUUGAAUCGCUACCUGAAUGAUUCGGUGACACAUGUCAGGACCACAGAUGCAGACCUGAUGGAAAAAGCAAGACAAAGGAGUCAUUCUGGAUCAUUCAGUUCUAAUGAGUUUGAAGAAGAACUGGUGUCGCCAUCCUCCUCCGAGACUGAUGGAAAUUUUCUCUACCGGGCAGAAACUCUGGAGAAUGGACCUAACAAGCGUGAAAGUGCAGUGAACAGGAAAAGAUCAAGCAAAGAUGAGACGUAUUGGAAGGAGAUCAAUGCAGCGAUGGCCUUAACCAAUCUUGCCCAGGGAAAAGACAAACUCCAGGGUACAACCAGCUGCAUCAUUCAGAAAUCUUCACACAUAUCAGAAGUGAAGACCGUCAAAGUUCCACUGGUGCCAAUGCCAUUUUAAGAGGAGUGUUUUCAUUGACAUGAAAAAAGCAGGAAAUAUACUGUAUGUUAUGACUGUAUGAACAGCUGAAGUUUACUUUUGAAUGAUUUACAUCAUUAUGCAAAAGAGAUUUCCCCACACUUAUGGCCUUGACAACCAACCUACUGGAUUUCCUCAUAACAAUGUGAGUUUUUAAAACAGAGAGUAAGCGCUUUGCUUUAGUUCAUACUAUUGUAAAUUAUUCUGCUAUUAACUAUUUUGUGAAAAUAAACUGUGUUGCCAAACUUUUCUGUAAGAUGUUUUUGAUUGUGUUUUGUUUAAAAAAAUUCAAAUGAAUAACAGUAUCAAUGAAAUUACUAAUAUGUGGAAGGA